GCGGUGGAACUGACUGGUUCAGGCUUACCGUUCUCUCAGUAUCUCUCCAGUGCGUGGCAGAAUUUCCUCUCUCUGCUCUGUCUCUCCUACUCUCCGAUUCACACACACACACACACAUUUUCUCUCACUCUCUCAUUCGCUCGCACAGGAAGAGGGGCUCCAUGCCCUCUCCACCGCUGGCUUCCUGAAGCCAUGCUGCCCUGGAGAAGGAGCAAGUUUGUCCUGGUGAAGGAUGAGGAGAAGAGCAAGCCCAAGAGCCUGGCCCCGGGGCUGACCUACCACUCGCUCCUGUCCUCGCUACUGAACUCCUGUCCUGACCUGCGACCCGACUGUCCCUUCCACUGGCUGGGCAGCGUCUUUCAGAACAAGCGGCAGAAGGUGGAGCUCAACCGCGAGGAGCCGGCGUACAACGUCCGCUAUCUGGGCAGCACCGUCACCAUCCUGGCCAAGGGCGAGAGCUGCGUGCAGGACGCCGUGGCCAAGAUCUGGCAGCACAGCAACUACGGUGAGCAGAGCCUGAAGCUGAAGCUGAGCGUGGGGCCACAUGGCCUCCGCAUGGGCACCGACACCAGCGGCCGCAAGAAGCCCAGCCACCUCUUCUCCCUCAACCGCAUCACCUACUGCUUGGCCGGAGCCUACCGGCCCAAGAUCUUUGCCUGGAUCUACCGGCACCAGGUGAAGAACAAGGCGGUGGUGCUGCGCUGCCAUGCCGUGCUGCUGGCCAAGGCGGAGAAGGCCCGGGCGGUGGCCCUCAGUCUGCUCCAGAACGCCUCGUCCUCCUUCAGCGAGUUCAAGCGCCUAAAGAGACAGAGCGACUUCCGCCACUGCCGGCAGGAACUGCUGGGCGAGGGGAUGGUGCCCCUGGCGCCACGGCGACGGCUCCUCAAUGGCCAGUGCCACUACCAGCCGGCUGCCGACAAGCCCAGCAGUGCCACGCGGCUCUGCUCCAUCACAGAGGAGGAGGAAGAGGAGGAAGAGGAAGACAAUGAGCAGGAGGGAGAGGAGGGAGAGGAGGAGGGAGAAGAAGAAAGGAAAGAUCUAGAGAAGGGGAAGAAAGAGAGGGAUAGAAGGGUGAUAGACAGAGGGCCAGCACAGCUGUCUGAGAUAGAUGUGGAGAAAAUGGUUUGCGGACUGGGCGAGUGCACAAUCAGCUGCUCGGAGGACGGCCACAUCACCAUCAGCACACUCCUGUGACGGAACGCAGAGGAGAGAGCAGACCGGAUGACCUCACUCCCACUCCACUCGUCUACAAGCGGCAUGUUGAAAAAAACACACUCCCUGCCUCCUCGGAUCUUCCCUGGUUCCUCAACUUCACUGUGUGAUGGAAUACAGAGGGUGAGGAAUACAAAACUUAAGUGAAAGCGACCCGGCUGUUUCAUUCCUGUCACCUGCUGUCUAAAGCAGAGGCUUUCGAUGGAAAGAGGUUCGAAUUGGACAUGACUAUAGCACAAUGACAGAGGAUAAGGAAAGAGUCAGUUGUGAACUAUGGAAAGAGAGGGCAUCCUAUCCUUAAGAGCCAAGCUAACACUGCACAUUACCUGAAGAUGAAAAAAAAGAUUUGUUCCACUCAAGUAUUUGUAUUUUUAUGGUUGAGUGAGUAUAAGAUAAGCUCUAACUUUUGAUAAACUGGUGACAUUUUUGUCGAGGAGAAUUUGCACAAAACAGAAAGAUGUACAUUUUAUUUUCUGAUGUAUAACACAAGCCCUCUGUAAUUUUCCACGGCUGACCUUUCUGUGUGCACUCUGGUCUUUCAAGAGACAUUUAAUAUGGUUUUACAGUUACUGUGAAAUGUACUAAUGAAUUAGACCAUAAUUUAGGAAAUGAGCCAUUGAGUCGACAUAUUUAUUGCCAUCAUUUCUUAAAGGGGAGCUCACCUCCCACGCACGACAACAUUACCCCUGACGUUUAUGAGAUUUUUAAUAUCAUAAAUGUAUUAUAUCUCUGUGAUACAUCCAAGAUCUACACCAUGGUUACUGUACAGUACAGGGGUGCACAUUUUUUACUUCUGUCAGAAGGUUGAAAAGCUUUGCAGUGUUUUAACUAUUUACCUGAAAAUGGGAAUACAAAUCAGAGUAUUUGAUAUAUAUAUCAUAUUUAUCUAAAAAAGGCUGGGAGGUUACAUUUGAAGAACAUGUAAACUGUCAUCAGAGCCUGUAUUUCAAGUCUUAUUGUGACACCGAAUUACAUGGUUUCAUUCUUUGGACACGGUCAUUUAAUAAACUGUGCUCACUUGCUUCUGGUUCCCUCAUGAAUAUCAACAGUCUCACAUGUUUUCAAACUGCUCAAAUUCUAGGCCACGAAUGAAAUUCAAUGCAGCGAAAUGUGGUGUUUUUAUAGCUGAUUUCAUACAAAUAGAAUGAUCUGCAUGAAGGCACCAGUGCCAAAGCAGAUCAACACAUCACAUGAUGAGUAUCCUGUAGACCAAGUAGAGAAACUGCUAUUGGGUACUCAGCCUUUUUGCUGGAGCGAGGCAAGUAAUUGCCUGAUAGAAUUGUUGAGGAAAUUAACAUGAAAUACAUGCCUAGACAACAGCAAGAGCUUUCACCGUAAUGAGAUAUCAACAAGAAAAGCUCUCCAUGGUUCAGUGGGCCAGUUCCGGUAAAGCCCAUUAUCAGGCCCUCUGUUAUAUAAG